GGGGGUGGUCUGUCGCGGGGGCCGUUGGCUCCAGACAAAUAAACAUGGAGUCCAUCUUCCACGAGAAACAAGAAGGCUCACUUUGUGCUCAGCAUUGCUUGAAUAAUCUAUUGCAAGGAGAAUAUUUUAGCCCUGUGGAAUUAUCCUCUAUUGCACAUCAACUAGAUGAAGAAGAGAGGAUGAGGAUGGCAGAAGGCGGAGUGACUAGUGAAGACUAUCGCACGUUUUUAGAGCAGCCUUCUGGGAAUAUGGAUGAUAGUGGUUUUUUCUCUAUUCAAGUUAUAAGCAAUGCCUUGAAAGUUUGGGGUUUAGAACUAAUCCUGUUCAACAGUCCAGAGUAUCAGAGGCUCAGGAUCGAUCCCAUAAAUGAAAGAUCAUUUAUAUGCAAUUAUAAAGAACACUGGUUUACAGUUAGAAAAUUAGGAAAACAGUGGUUCAACUUGAAUUCUCUCUUGACGGGUCCAGAAUUAAUAUCAGACACAUACCUUGCACUUUUUUUGGCUCAAUUGCAACAGGAAGGUUAUUCUAUAUUUGUUGUUAAGGGUGAUCUGCCAGAUUGUGAAGCUGACCAACUCCUACAGAUGAUCAGGGUCCAACAGAUGCAUCGACCAAAACUUAUUGGAGAAGAAUUAGCACAAGUGAAAGAACAGAGCGUCCAGAAAACGGAUCUGGAACAAACCUUAGAAGCAAAUGAGGGAUCAGGAGUGUUAGAUGAAGAGGAGGAGGAUUUGCAGCGGGCUCUGGCCCUAAGUCGCCAACAGAUUGACAUGGAAGAUGAGGAAGCAGAUCUCCGCAGGGCUAUUCAGCUCAGUAUGCAAGGUAGUUCCAGAAAUGCACCUCAAGAUGUUCCACAGACAUCAGGUACACAGCUGACUUCAGAAGAGCUACGGAAGAGAAGAGAAGCCUACUUUGAAAAGCAGCAACAGCAGCAACAGCAACAUCAACAGCAGCAGCAGCAGCAGCAGCAGCAGAAUCCACCAGGACAGCUUCCACACCCACGUGAAACACCAACCACAAGUUCAGGAGCACUUGGCCGUGAUCCAGGUGAUAUGAGUGAAGAAGACAUGCUUCAGGCAGCUGUGACCAUGUCUUUAGAAACUGUUAGAAAUAAUUUCAUAACCGAAGAAAAAAAAUAAUACCUUUUACAAGUCUCUAAAAUAGUCAUACUUUCCAACAUUGUCCUGUGUGAUUAAAGCAUAGGGUCUGUUUAGUAAUGUGUCAAAGAGAACGAGGUUCAACAGAGGAAAUAAGACUUUUAGGUGGUCUGCAAACAAAAAGAUGAGAAAGUAGAAAAAUGCAUCAGUUGUAGGACUAAGUCAUAAUCCCUCAAAUACUAGCCAAAGAGGCAUCCAGCAGUUAAAGAAAUUAAUAAUAGUUUUCUCAAUGUUCCUUUUUCAUUUUUGAGUGUGCAAUAUCUAAUGUGUCUAAAAUUAGGGCAUUUUUCUUGACUCUUUUUGCAGACCAACUAAUAAGCUCUUGCCACAGAACUUUUCCCAUAUAUUUUGUUUUCUUUUCCUCCCUUCUGUGUAGGUAAUCGGCUCGCUUUCAUCACUUAACACAGUAGUUGCUUCUAUGUCUCGUUAACUAAAUGAACCUUUCAGGACAGUGUCUCUUCUCUAUGUUGAUAAUAGGAACGGUUCCAGAGGAUAAGUGUUCUCCCUCCACCUACGUAUGGUGGACUUGGAUGUUUCCUCAUGUUAUUGUCUCUGGUCACAAUUUAUCUGCUACCUGGUUUUUAUUAUUUUUCUACAACUCUUAAAAGAUGGUAAUUUUUCUUGAGGUUUUUCUUUUUAAGCCCUCCAAGGUGGGAUCAUUAUGUCAUGAUUCUGGUGCAUUCCUAAACUCGCAAGUCAGCUCUGCACAAGUAUUUAAGAAUAAACGAGCAUUUCUGAAACGUGUGAGCACCUCCUUUCCCAGAUGCUUCAUGAAUGUCUUCUCAGUGUGUUGGAACUUUGCAGCUGUGUCGUAACCCUCUCUCCAGCACGUUUGUUUUCCUCUUUUCCCGGUGAGAAAAACAGAAACGCGGUAUGCAAGCAAGUUUCCUUCUGGUGUGAGACAGCAUCUAAUACCCACCAUGAAUGUAUGUUAGACAAAAUUUGGCCUUCAAUUUUAGUAGCGGAGCCAAUUUAUUUUUUUUCUCUUGUGAUGGAGCUGUCUGUUCUGUUUACAGCUGGGUCAUGGAAUGUAGAUAGAUGUCAGCUUCUGCUGUACAUCUUCUAAUAGGUAUAGCUUGCCAGAGAUGAUGGUCUGGAACAUGAAAAUAAUUUACUCAUAAAAUAUAUUAAAAUUUAUACUGUGAUUCAACACUUGGUUGUUUAAAAUAGCUUAAGAAUUAUAGAAGUCACAUAGAACUGAAUGGGUCUGUAAAUAAGAAAGUCUUUAGUUUUGAUAAGCAUUCUUGGGGAUGACCAGAGAGUUUCUUGCUAGGUCAAUACAAUGGUAUGAUUUAGGUGAAAAUUAACUAGGUCUCUUUGAAAUGGGUGUUUUAGAUUCUGUCAUCUACUCUGCAUCCCUCAUCCUCCAUCCCCUUUGAAGCCCUUUUGAAUGUCAAAUUGUUUAUAAGCUGAAAUGUAAGAAGACAUUGCAGCCGAUGACUUAGAAAAAUAAAAUAUGGUGUGUUGCCAUAUUGGUGUGUGGCUGCACACAUUUUAUCAGGGAAAUUUUUUUUUAUCUAGGAUUUAUUGCUAAGUGAAAAGAGAUGAGAAAAUGCAUUUUAUUUAUAAUUAUGAUAAAGCUUUUUCUUGGAAAAAGACAGAUUUUUUUAGUCAUUAUUUUGUGCCAAAUGAAGUCUUCUGAAGUUUCCCUUACAUAAAAUUAGAAUUUUGCUUUAAAAUCUAGUUUUCUUUUGACAAUUGAGAAUGUUUCAGAAGAAUUAUAAAACUUUAGAACUGCAAGUGAUGUUAGAGUUUAGUACUACUCUUUCAAGACUUACAUAUCAAAAUAUGUAUUUGGCCUUUAUUUUUUCCCCUUGAAAAUUUACUUUAAAACUCUUCAUUCACUUGAAUUGAUGAGCUACUUAAUAUAAAAAUGAGAGGACGAAUACACAUAAGUUUUAACCUAGAGUUUAUAAAGUUUUUAUAUUACAUACCUUUGUCAAAGCCUUUAGGGAAAUAUAGCAUGUUGACCUUCAUUUGCUAGGGAUUUUUUAAAAAGCAAAGCUGAGCACACACUGGAUACAUUUCAAUGUGUUUAUUUAGUUUGUUGUGACAUUGUUAUAUUUGGCAGGCAGAUCCAAAAUCACCAGUAAAGUGCCAUCUUGUUUGGACUAGGUUAAGUCUAACUGAACAUUUAAAUUCCAUUGAUUGGCCAGUAUGAAAAGAUGCCAGUGCUCAUAACCACAGUAUCAGAAAAUGUAAAAGUUACAAAAAGCUACAGAUCACACAUCAGGAACUGCUGUUUACUAUAAACAACGUAGAAGAAAGGAACAAUAAAAUUCACAACUGUCCUGCUAACAACUUUAUAUUAAGAUUUCCAUUCUGUUUCACCAAUUGGGAACACCUUAAUGUUUAAUAUUUAAACUAUUGGUAUCAUUUUUCUAAUGUAUAGUUUGUAUUACUAGGAUAAAAUACAUACAGUGGCAAAGCUAGUGUUAGAAGUAAAGUUUAAACAAGCUUUGGAAAUGCCACUUUCAUAUUUUGAGAUGUCAGAUUUAAUAAAUAGUUAUUUAUGUUUUAAAUUUUGGAAUAGUUAACCUCUGAUCUAAAACCAUCAAUUUACAUUUUUACAGAAAUUAACUUACAAAUAUUUCAGUACUGUAAAUUGUUUGAAGUGAUUGCAGUAGGUAAACUAUAUUUCACUCAGCUCUAAGAUCUUGGCCAAAUAAUUUACAAUUCACAGAAUAUUUAAGAAGGUGCUUUUUUUUUCCUUUAAAACUUUAUUUUUCUUAAUUAAGACUUUAUUCAUGCCAAAGUUAAUGAGGAAAAAAACCUCAAAACUAGUUGAGACUCAUAUGCAAAAUUACCCAUAGUCUACAUUGUUUCACAUACUAGUAAGUUCAAUAAAGUAAAUUUUAUUCUAGUCAGAGCCUAAAUCACAUUUCUAAUGUCUGCUUGUUUGAUACUAUAUUUAAUAGUAUCAUGCUAGUGCCAAGAUUUACUAAAUGUCUUAAAAUUGGCCCAUUCGACCUGUCCAAAUUAAAAAAAAGAAUUGACUCAGUACAUACACAAAAUAUAAUAAUUGAAAUAUCUUCAGUUGAAAAAUCUUGAUGUGUUAAAUUCUGAGGAAGAUUCAAUAAUUAAUAUUGAUGGCUUCCUACUAAAAACUUGACCUGCAAUUAGAGAGGCCUAUGACCACUACUUUCAAAGUGAAUUGUUACAUCAGGGCCUCACAAGUAUGGACAUGUGUGUGAUCUUAAUUAAGAAAAAACAUUGGAUCAACUAAUCUCAGUAGUGUAGAUAAUUUUUCUUGUGUUUUUUUUUUUAAAUCCUCACCAGAGGACUUUAGAGAGGAAGGAAGAGAGAGAGAGAGACACCUAUUGGUUGCCCGAUGUAUGCUCCCUGAAUGAGGAUCAAACCCGCAUCCCAGGCACUUGCCCUAACUAGGAUCCCACUGGCAACCUUCCGGUGUAUGGAGUGAUGCUCAACCAACUGAGCCACACCAGCCGAGCUAAUAUUUUCAAAUAAAAACUUUCCUUCAUUCCUGGUCCCUUUAUAACCAGUAUCUUUUGCUAAAGAAGUGAACUGGCUUGUAUCUUUUAGAGCCUUACACAUAACAAAGAUAUUUUUUGUUCCAUUCUGCUUUCAUGAACAAAAAGAUUAUUGACGUAGUUGGUUAAUUCCUGAAUUUUGAUUUUUUUAAAUUUGAAGGAAAUCUUUGCUGUUUUUAUUUUCACCCAAACUGAGCUGGCAUUUUAAGAAGUAAUACUAGUAGCAUACUUCUAAAUUCACAGCAGUUGGCAUGCUAAAUUAAUAAUGAAUCAAGGAGUGGGAAGCAGUAGUGAAGUAUAUGUGGAAAUUCCUGACUUACUGAGGAAGCACGUCAGUUUUCUCUGGCAUAGUUCAAAGGUGAAUGUUUCUGGGAAUGUUUUUAAUGUUUUUUUUUUAAAGAGGCAAAUGUACAUUUGAAUGUGGUUAUCUACUUUCUACAACACUGGAUUACUAGAAAUAAUUUUUUAAAAAUCAGUCUUCUAUAUAAAUAAACUAUUUGAAAUUCAACUACAAAAACAUCUGAAAUAAAAAGCAUUGUCUUGGCCAUGACACAAGUGCACUGUGACGGUGCCAUUUGCUCAGGACUCAACUCUGCAGCCCUUGUCUGUGCACCCGUCUGAGUCUUUCGCCGUUAGUACACACACAGGCCUUCCUGUCUGGUCCUUAGAAAAGCCGGGCUUCCAAAUCACUGUUGAACACAGGAUUCUAUUGUUAAUGUGGAUGUUCUAUAAGUUGUAUUUUAAAUAUCACAGAUUAUUAAAUAAAGGUAAUGUUUGCUUUUUUA